AUGUAUGCAAGGUACAUACCACCACCCAAGCCAGCCAAGGCUGCGGCUUCUACGCCCAUGAUCGAGCAGCCUUCUCCAGCUCCAGCUCCAGCACCUUCUUCUACUUUCUCUCCUGCAACGCCUUACGCCCGAUACCGCAAGAAGAGCAAGGGACAAGAAACACAAAAUGAUCUCUCGAUCAGGCAUAAGGCUGUUCUCGAAAAGGCCGCUAAAUCCUUGAAAGAUGCUUCAAGAAAUGCCAAAUUGGAAGAGCCUACAGAACCACAGGAGGGUGACGAGGCUGAUGCCGUGGAGGUGCAUGGUCUUGAGCCCUUGCCACAACCAGAAUUUGUCGUUCAAGAUGGGCUGAAGCCAGCCUAUGAGACACUGCCGCCGUGGAUAGCAAACCCGGUACGGGUUACACCUCAAUCCAGAGCAUCAUUCACAGAUUUCGGCAUCAGCACGGAGGUGGCUACAAGACUUGAGGCCAGGGGCUACAAGGAUGCCUUUGCUGUGCAGACAGCUGUCAUGCCACUACUCCUGCCAUCUCGCGACCGCCAGGGAGAUGUUGUUGUCUCCGCUGCCACUGGCUCCGGCAAAACGUUAUCAUAUGUCCUACCGAUGGUGCGGGACAUCGGCCAGGGUGUGGUGACGCGACUGCGCGGGCUGAUCGUGGUGCCGACGCGUGAACUGGUCAUGCAGGCCAAGGAAGUGUGCGAAAUAUGUGCCAGCGCCUUUGGUGGACCCAACCGCAAGACAAUCAAGAUUGGGAUUUCGAUGGGAAACAAGCAGUUCGAGCUGGAACAAGCUGACUUGGUCGAGGAUGAUCAACGAUUUGAUCCUGCAGGCUACCAGGCCUGGCAACGAGAGCAUUUCAGCCGGGAUCUUGAUGUGAGCCUGUUCGACUUGGCUCCUAAGCCUCUCGUGGACCACGUGCUCGAGUAUACCUCCAAGGUAGACAUCCUGAUUUGCACCCCGGGGCGGCUCGUGGAUCACAUCAAACGGACGCCUGGCUUCAGCCUGGAUUAUGUUCGGUGGCUAGUCGUGGAUGAGGCCGACAAGCUGCUCGCCCAGACGUUUCAGGAUUGGCUGUCUGUCGUAAUGCCUCUUCUCAAUGCGACCAAUAAGCCCGGCGCGAGGGACUUCCCGGACUCAAACAAGAGCGGUGUUCGAAAGGUCAUCUUGAGUGCAACCAUGACACGUGACCUCAGUCUUCUCAAUGGGCUCAAACUCUUCCGUCCGAAGCUGGUUGCUCUCGAGGGCGUGAUGGACAACGCUGAACCGGCACGAGACAGCACUACGGAACAUGUCCUGCCAGAGUCGCUGGUGGAAUUUGCCGUCAAGAUUCGGGACCCCGAAUUGAAGCCACUGUACCUUGUGGACCUGCUCAGUCAUGAUCGUAUGGCCUUGGUGAAGGAUGCCGAUGGGGACGUGAAGAUGACGGCGCUGGAAGAUGAUGACUCGGCAUCUGCUGGAUCAGACUCCGAACCUGGCGCCUCCGACUCGAGCAGUGAUAGCGCUCUCAUCUUCACCAAAUCCAACGAGACGGCCAUGCGUCUCUCUCGUCUCCUCGGUCUGCUCUCCCCGGGCUUGGCACCUGUGAUUGGCACCCUUACCUCCACGACUCGCACUUCAGAGAGACGCAAGACACUCCGCGCCUUUGUGUCCCACAGGCUGCGCAUCCUCGUGGCGUCAGACCUUGUGGCGCGUGGUAUCGAUCUGGUGGACCUUGAUCACGUCAUCAAUUACGAUAUACCGACCAGCGUGGCAUCGUAUGUUCACAGAGUUGGUCGUACGGCAAGAGCAAAUAGCAGAGGCAAAGCGUGGACGCUAUUUACCAAGACAGAAGCAGGCUGGUUCUGGACUGCGAUCGCCGGCAAGGGCGAGAGCAAGAGCCAGUCUGCUUCUGGAACCGGGCAGAUCAAGAGAAGUACCAAGGUGGAAGAGAUCCGAGUCAAUGACAGAUGGGAAGAGGAUAAGCUCUCUGAGUUUGAAAGAACGCUUGAGAAACUGGGCAAGGAGGCCAGCGAGAUGAGGAGGAAACGGUGA